AUGUCCGAUUCCCACAACCGGAGCCAAACCACUACACGUCGCAGUGACUACGUGUGGCAAUAUGAAUAUUAUGACGAUGAGGAGCCUGUGUCUUUUGAGGGACUCAAGGCGCACAGAUACUCCAUCGUAAUUGGCUUCUGGGUCGGACUUGCUGUGUUUGUCAUUUUCAUGUUCUUUGUUCUCACGCUGCUCACAAAGACCGGAGCGCCACAUCAAGAAAACCCUGACUGUGCUGAAAAGCGCCAUCGACCAGGCUGUCUGGUAAAUAUCAGCAGUCCCCAGGACGAAAAUGACAAAGCCUUCUCUCGUCCAUUGCUAGCUGAGUCCCGCUCAUAUUUUCAUUUCUAUAUUAAUGAGGAGGAUCAGGGUCCAGGGAAGCAAAAACCAGAUGACAAGAGAGUUGGGAAGCACACUGGAGCUCGAGCUCAGCAGGAGACCUGUAACAGACCUGAAAGUAUGAGCUCCUCAGCGAUGGACGAGAUGGAAGAGGAAGUCGGGGGACACCGGCCUCUCACGGGACUAAUAGAGGAGAGUAAGAUAGACAGAGAGUGUGACUUCCUAUCCCACUUCAACAUCCCUAACUUUGUAAACUUGGAGCACAGUUCCACACUGGGAGAAGAUGAUCUGCUGUAUGAGCCAUCCGUCAUACUGGAGCGCCAGUCUCACGCACAAGAUCCUCACCGUGAUCUGCACUAA